GUUUAGUUAGUGUCGUGCAUGAAGUGGUGCGUGUCAUAAACUAAGAAUAGUGAAUCAUUUUUAUUGAAAGCAAUAAAAAAUUUAAACAUCCCAGUGAAUUUUAGAUAACAUGUCAUUCCAAAAUCAAACACCGAUGCCCAGUCAACAGUUCCUGUGGGAUAUCUUUCGGAGAGUUGACAAAGACCAAAGUGGUUAUAUCUCAGCGGAUGAGCUUCAGUCGGCUUUAUCCAAUGGCACAUGGAAUCCAUUCAACCCUGAAACUGUGCGACUCAUGAUUGGUAUGUUCGACAAACAGAACAGGGGCGUGAUAUCAUUUCAAGAUUUUGGCGCUCUAUGGAAGUAUGUUAUCGAUUGGCAGAACUGCUUCCGUUCAUUUGACCGGGACAACUCAGGCAACAUAGACAAGACAGAGUUAAAGAACGCCCUCACAUCAUUCGGGUACCGAUUGUCCGAUGAGGUGGUCAAUAUUAUGGUGCAGAAGUUUGACAGAUUCGGCCGGGGCACUAUACUCUUUGAUGACUUUAUCCAGUGCUGCGUGACAUUAUAUACACUGACUUCUGCAUUCCGCCAGUACGACACCGACCAAGAUGGCGUUAUCACGAUACAUUAUGAACAGUUCUUGAAAAUGGUAUUCGGACUUAAGGUAUAAACAACGAUAUUUUUACAAAUUAUACAAUAUUAUGGAAAGAGCAAAGUUUUAUGUUGAUUUAUCUUCCAGUUGGAACUUUUUGAAGUAUUACUUAAUCACAGAUUCGAUAAACUAAGAUUUAUAACAAGUACUUGUUGCAGAUCUUAGCAAAAUUUUCCUUUAUACUAUGUAUAAAUAUUGGUGUAUAUUUAAAAAAAAUCUUAAGUGGUGAAAGUCAUCAUCAAUUAAAGUAAUUAAUUUGUAUAAACUAUAUUACAAACAAGUGGUUAAACCACAAAUAUAUAUUUAAAUUUUGCAUUAAUAACGAUCUUUAUUGAACUUAAUUUCAAUAAUAUAUUAAAUUUUAUAGAAUUUAAUGAAUUUAUAAUAUUGAUGUUAAUGCUUAAUUUCUCAAUAUAUGAAAGUCAUAUAAAGGAUGUUAUAUUUCAAAAUGUAUAAAUAUAAUAUAAAUUUGUCCAAUGUAUUACUUUAGUAAUAAAUUGGUGUACAAUGCAGGGCCAAUUAUAUUCUGAGCCCUUAUUUGUGUUAUAACUGUUUAAGACGCUUAUGUAUGGCCCGUUAUCUUUGGCCGGAUGUGUAUUUUAUGAAUGUUGAAUGCCUAUAGAUCAAAUCUAGACGCAUGUUUGAAAAGUUUGUUUUUAAGUUGUUUAGGUACCUUAAAUUUACGCCUUGGGCUUUAUACCACUUUUUUAUAUAAAUUAAAGUUGCUAAUACCAUGGUUUAUAAGAUAUUAUUAUCUUGUAAUAAAGUGACCAAAUUCUUUGUCAACUUUAUCAUGUUUCUUUGACACUGUUUAAUACUGUUACGGUGUUUUAUAUAAGUUAAAAAGCGCUGGAAAUUAAUAAUUGCACUCAUUAUGAGUGGAAUUUAACAUAUAUAUAUAUAUCGCCAUCCUCUUCUUACGGAUGCGGCGAACAUGAGACGGCGAUAUUGAAUGUUUGACAGAUAUGCAUCUGCAAGUACUAAAUUGUAAUGAAUUAAUUAUUCUUGAAACUAUAAUAGCCAUUUAUUAAUUCUUGCUAAUCAUUUUGAAGUCUAGUGUCCAAUUGAAAUGGAUAAAAUGUUGUUUUCUCUUCCGUCCAGUGUUGGCCGUAACCUCGUCGUUAUGCUGUGUACGUGUUACGCGGUAACCGUCUCAACUUUAGGUAAUAAAAAUAUAACUUAAAUGUUUCAAAAAGGUAGCUAUUUCUUAUUGACAAUAGUUUUUGUACUUUUUACACCUUUUUGGAAUAUAUUUCGGUCUUAUGUACCUAUUUGUAGUUCAAAUCUACACUAUAGCUUAAUGCAUGGCUUAAAGAGUUUUGUAGAUUUUACUCAUUAUCUUUUUUUAAUAUUGGUUACAUAUUUGUUAGCAUUAAUGUAGUUUCAAUAACAUUACAAUUUAACAGUGUAACGAAUUUUCCAUAGAACAUUUAAAUUUUCUAAGUUUUGAUUGUUUACAGAGCUGUCAAAACGUGAAAAUAAUGGCAAUUUUGACACGAGUAAAGAGAUUUAUAUAAAUACCUUUUUUUCUACCAAAUGAUUGAAUAAAAAUGGCAGGCCCUAAAAGACCAUUCCAUGGCCGUAAAAUGACUUUAAAAAAGUUAUGUUGUACUCAAAUGGGUUGCUUUACUUGGAUGUUAUUGUAUUGUACUUGCUUCACAUUAUUUCCACUCUGCAUUUAAAGAAGAGCUUUGUUGUUUCUUCUCCUGAAGUACGUUCCAACAGAUGGCAUUAAUCGGAUCCUCAAUCUCCAAGUUUUAUUCAAAUUCAAAACUUUUAUUCAUUAUUAUGGGACGCUUCAAUAAUUGUCAUAUCUUUUGGUUUAACAACAUUGGUUUACGUCAAUUAAAUUACUCAAAUCUAAGUUUACUGCCGCUUCCAAAGCGUCAGUGCAGAAGAGGCGGUAACAAACUGCACUGAAGCAUUUUGUUCAACAACGUCAACUUCACAGCUAUCCAAACUUAGAAUAGAAAUAAGUAAAAACCAUUUUUUUAAUGUAAACACGUGGACUUUUAGUUUUUCUGAGUCUUUUGGCUUUGUCUCUCCUACAAUUUAUUAUUUUCGAUAAAAACGUUCCCAUUUGAUUCUAUCGGUGCCGUUUCUUGGAAAUGAUACUUUUAGAAGUGUUUAUGAGUAAAUUGUAUUUCAUUAGAAUAUUUAUAGUAACUAAUCCUUAGGAUGCAUAAUAGAUUUGAUUAAGGUACUUGAUUGUAUCUACUAUGGUUUUGCAAGGCAAACAUUUUGAUAAGUAUGUAUUUAAAAUUAAAAUUCAUGAUGUAGAAGUAAUGUUUGUUGUAAAGUGAGCUUUUUCUCGAAUAUAAACACUAAAUGUAAAAUUCGCUCACAACGCCAAAUUUUAACUAGACUUAUGGGAAAAAUAUUCGGAGUAUAUAAAUUUAUUAUUGCACAUAUAAAUAAGCGUAAAUGCUCAAAACAGAUUUGAGUAUAAUUUUUAACAGUUCGUUUGUAAGUAUAAUAAAUUUCUAUUUUUUAUUGUUAUCAAUGUUUGAAAUGAAUGUUUUCAUAAUUGAGAUUUUAGUUCUCUCAUUUUUAAAAAGAUGUAAAAGUGAGAGCUAUUUUAUUGUGAGUAUUAAAAUGAGCGCAAUUUGUUUAUAAUUAUUCGCAGACAGAAU